CUGAUUAUUGAAAUUUGUAUAUAAGGUGCUUUGAUCAUAUUUAACAAUAAAACGUUGAUUUGGUGUUUUUGUAAUUGUGAGAUAUAAGUGAUCCUCUUCAAAGAUGAAACUCCUAAUUGCGUUCGCCGUUUUAUUGGUUGGUACCAACGCCAAUAUUCUGCACGCCCCAAGUCCAGUCCCGAGCGUUCCCGUGCAGCAAUAUUCUUUCUCGGAACUUUCACGGUCUGCAGAGGAAUUAGGUAAACAAAUAGCGCAAAAUCAGAACGAUGCCCGAUUCAUCGAGGGAAUAAUCGCCGAUAUUCUCCAAUUGAUCAUCGAUCAAAUCGUUAAGGCCGAACUGGAUCCAUUGGAAGUGGACGAUUUGGAAUUUAGAUACAGAUUGCCAGUGACAAACCUCUUGAAUAUUGACGCAGUAGCGGAAGACAUUGUACUGGCUGGUGUUAGUAACAUCGUCAUUAACAGAGUCAGCUAUUCCAUUUUCACUAACAGAAUCAUCGUGGACAUCGCUUUACCCAGGAUCUCAGCUGCUAUCGGUGACUCCGGCUUGGGCGUAACCGUCUUUGGUGGAUCAUUAAAUGCCAGUUUACGAGGAUCCAUUGAUAUCGUGGAACUUCGCGUACAAACGGAUGUCCGUAUUAGUCUUAGCAUCACCGGCGGCAUCUCCAUACGCAGCGUUGAUGUUGACGUCACCGUGCGCGAUAUUGUGUCUAACUUCGCCCUGGUGAUCCAGAAUACUGACUAUUCUGAACUCCUCAACAACUUGCUCGGAGUGUGGAUCCCCAAUAAAAUCUCAACCUUUAAGUCUGACAUCAUUGAAUUGGCCGAGUACAUCGCUUUAGUUGUCAUUGACAGAAUUCAGAAUCCUCCUGAAGUUCCUGACACUGGCUGUUUACGUAAUAAAUAAAGUGAUUUUUAAUAAAAUAAAUGGCAAUGUACCUGGCAACAUUUAUUUAUCCAAAUGUAAUGGCUAAAAUAUUUGUAUCCAAAUCAAACACCAAAUAAAAAAAAAACAAAUCCUAUAUUUAAUCUGUAUUCGUUAUAUUUGCAUAUAGAACUAUUUAGUUCGUGCUAUUUUAUAUCUUCUAUUUACUUGUCAUAAUAUAUUACAAUGUAUUGUAUACAUUAUUGAAUUUUUCAAGCUGAAUUUAUUUUGUUUUGAAUAAUAAAACUGUGAAUACAAAUAACAAUGUA